UAGUGCGCACCUGUCCCUUGCGGCGGCAGGUGUCCGGGUCAGCGUCUCGCCCACCUGCCUGGGCCACGGAGCCACGGGAGGCCGCGAGAUGGACGCGGUGGUCUUUGAGGAUGUGGUUGUGGACUUUACCCAAGAGGAGUGGGCCCUGCUGAAACCUGCUCAGAAGAAGCUCUACAAAGAUGUGAUGCUAGAAACCUUCAGGAACCUGGUCACAGUAGAUGAUGAGACUCAACUUAGAACCAAUGGGUCCAUUUCUCAGAAGGAUAUUUUUGGAGAAAAAUUAUCCAAUGAGCAGAAAAUAGCAAGGUUCACAAAAAAUGAUCCCUGGGCCUCCCUUUUUGGAGAAAUUUGGGAGGACCAAUGCAUUGAAGCUGAGAACAACUGGGGGAGACAUUUGAGCAGAAAUCAUAUGAUGGGGAGACUCUGUGAAAGUAGCAAAGGGAAAACAUGUGGAGAAACCAUCAACCAUAUUCCAAAUCUUAAGCUGCACAAGAAAAUACCCACUGGAAUAAAACUGUAUGAAUGCAGUCAGUGUGGAAAAGUCUUCAGGCAUCGUUCAUCCCUUAAGAGGCACAAAAGAAAUCAUACUGGAUGCAAACUAUAUCAGUGUGAGGAAUGUGGGAAAGCCUUCAGUUGUUCCUCAUACCUGAGGAAUCAUGUGAAAACUCACAGUGGAGAGAAACCCUAUGCAUGUAAACUUUGUGGAAAAACAUUUAUUCGUCCUCAUUCCCUCACUGGACAUAUAAGGAGUCACACUGGAGAGAAACCUUAUGAAUAUACAAUCGUGCAUCUGUAAGGACGUAUGGGACUGUGUUUCCCUACAGCAUCAUUGAGCAGCUGCCCUGACCCACUAUUCCUAUGAAAUAAAAUCAGAAUUACUGACAUAUUGUGUAGACUGUGUGGGUU